AUGGAUACGGAAACCGAGAAAACUGUUAACAAUACUAUUUUUGACGAUGUUACUAAAAAUCAAUCGGGCCGCGGCGAAAGUAUAAACCAAAUAAAAUUUUUAGACAACACAAAAAUUGUCGUAUGGAAAUCUUGGAAAAUUCUAGCAACAUGCGAUGAAUGGUUUGUUGAUGGAACCUUCAACAUAAGUCCACAAUUAUUUUCUCAAGUUUUUGUGAUAUUAAGUAUUCGCAAUGGAGGUAUACAUCCUUGCCUGUAUACUUUACUUUCAAAUAAGGAACAAACAACUUACCUACGGCUAAUUGUUGAAAUAAAAAACUUAGUACCAGGAAUAAUUGUUGGGAGUAUAUCUGUGGAUUUUGAAGUGGCCAUCUAUAAUGCCUUCAGAAUAGAAUUUCCUAAUAUAGAAAUUAGAGGUUGUUUUUUCCAUUUGUUGCAAAAUCUUAAAAAACAAUUGGGAAUAGCAGGGUUAAUGACAGAUUAUAGAAAUGACAGCGACUUCAAUCUACAUGCUAGAAUGGUAACAGCUUUAGCGUUCGUACCACCAAAAGAUGUAGUCGGUUGUUUUGAAGAAUUAAGUGAGAUAUUGGAAGUAACUUAUCCAAGAUUACAGCCAAUAUUGGAUUGGCUUGAAACUUUUUAUAUUGGACUAUUAAGAAGAGAAGGGGUGAGGAGGAUACCUGCAUUUCCUAUACAAACUUGGAACCUUUAUAAUAGAGUUAAUGCAGGACAAAUGAAAACUAAUAAUAUUUGUGAAGCAGCUCAUAGAAGAUUACAAGCCCAACUGAGCAUGACAAAACCAACUGUUUGGAAAUUUAUAAUAGAAUUGAAAAAAGUUCAGGCCGAACGCGAUAUUUAUUAUGAAUUUUUGGUUGCUGGCAAUGAUCCACCUCCAACUAAGAGUUUUUGUAGAAGCCAGUAACAGAAUAUUGCGCCUGGUUCGAGAUUACAGCAAUAGAACAACAAUAGACUAUUUAAGAGGCUUAGCCCAUAAUUUUGUAAUUGAUCACUGAAAUAAA